CUUGACACGCCUUGGAGAGAAGAAAACAGGUUAUUAGUUACUGGCGCGGAGUCCGAUGUUUUAAAGUUUUGAUCCACCGUCAAGCAGUGACUCCUCUUCUGCUGAUUUCUCCAUGCGCUGCCUUCAGUACGUCAUGGGUGCAUCUGUCAUGGCUGCAUCGCGCAUGAGCGGUAAUCGGUGGACUUAAUCGGUGGACUUAAUCGGUGGACCCUAGAGUUCCCCAGUCCGCAUAUGCGACAGGAGCUUUGCUAGACUUUCAUUUUCUCGUAGCCAUAAUCACCCAUAAUCAUGGUCUUUGGAAUCAUUACCUCCAUAGCAGCAUGUCCCGCAAUCGUUGGGACCAACGAAGCGGUCAUGCAAGGGCAGAAGCAGAAUGCGAGAGAAAAGCAUCGAGGGCUCAAGUCGAACCUCGUAGCAAAUUGCGAUGCUACUUCUCGCUAUGCCAGCGUGGUCAACGGGGCUGCAGUGGUGCUAGAGAACAACAAGCUGUACCUUGCCACGCCCAACGUCGAAGACGAAGCACAUCCGUUCGCCGGCUACUACCUCCCGUAUCCCGAUCAUAACUGGGGCCGCCAAGGCGAGGGACUGGUCUCAACAAUCAUGGAUGAUCCACCGCAGUUGAAUUGGAUCUAUGUCGAUGAGGAUACCUACGAAGUCAAAUAUGGCGAUCGGGUCCAGUCCCAGGAGCACAUAAUCGGACCGUGGGAUUGCACGAAGCUGGACCGAAGAGUGACAUUGGAAGGCUGGGAGGGGUUCUUGGCCGUGAGAGAAAGCGCUGGGAACUGGGCCCUGUAUUUUGACCGAGAGGACGAUUCUCUCCAAGACCGAGUGUCGCCCAAGAAACGAAGAGUAGAAGUCGAGUUAACCCGCAAGGAGAUGAAGAAGCGCAAGGACGAAGACAACGAGGGUCGAUGAGGUACCAUAUGCGGAUGAUCAUUCUUUCGGAAGGCAUCUGCAUUUCUUCAGGUAUGUUUGGCAUCCAUACGCCUUGCUCACAAGUGGCAAAGAUGAAGACGGAACUCAGCCCCCAGAGCAGAUAACCGAGCAAGUCCGUGUGGCUGAUACUGAUUAGCGAAAACCUGACGUGUCCCCGACCAAU